AUGGCUAUGAACGUAGCAUCAAAGACGGCCAUUGUCACAGGCGCAGGAUCUGGAAUCAAUCUCUCCUUCGCCAAACUUCUACUCGAAAGAGGCUGCAAUGUCGUGUUCGCAGAUCUCGCACUCCGCCCAGAAGCCCAGGCAGUGGUAGCAGACUACCCCUUAACCUCAGCAGGUGCCAAAGCUGUCUUCCAGAAGACAGACGUGACGGACUGGGUACAAUUAGACAAGAUGUUCGACGUCGCAAUUGAGCAUUUCGGAGGGGCAGAUAUUGUCUGUCCCGGAGCUGGAGUUUAUGAGCCUCCAUUCUCCAACUUCUGGAACUCUCCCGGUACUCCUCCCUCGAAAGACGACCCAGCCCAAUCCCGCUACGCUCUCCUUGACAUCAACGUUACACACCCCAUUCGCGUAACUCAAAUGGCAAUCUCCCACUUCCUCACCAACAAGAAGCCUGGUGUGAUAGUCCACAUAUCUUCUGUCGCUGGCCAAGCUCCCUUCUUUCCCACACCCGUCUACGUCGCUACAAAGCAUGCCACGAAUGGCUUCGUCCGUUCCCUAGCCCCACUCGAGAACCCACCAACGCAUCUGGGGUUGCCGAAAAUUCGAGUCAAUGCUGUAGCACCAGCGAGAAUAUUGACACCGCUGUGGACGGAUAACCCCGAGAAGAUGAAAAUGGUGGGAGACAAUCCUGGAUGGGUUACACCAGAGGAUGUUGCGAAAGUUAUGCUCGAUUUGGUGGAGAAAGAGGAGAAUGUUGGUGGAACUAUAUUUGAGGUAGGGAGUACGGUCAGGAAGGUCGAGGUCUUCAAUGAUGGGGGCCCGAAAUCGGGGAAUAAUCAUGUGGAGAGUGGGCCAGGUUAUGAUGAUGAUAUGUGGGCGAGUUUGAAGAAGCAAUUUGAUGGGAAAUAG